UUCCUAUGGCGUAGGCAGAACAAAUUUCACGUAGCCUAGAAAGCUUUAGGCUAUAUAUCAUACAUUCUCUAUAAACCAAAUUACAACUGGGCUUCAGACAUCCUAAAUAUGUGAGAUAUUAACCAUAUAGAUCAAAUGUAUCUAACCAAUUGAAGUGGUGACGUGAACGUUAUCAACAAUACUGCAAGGGUUAACUCGGUCGCUCGGUCUCCAUUAAUAUUGUUGAGAGGGGAACGGAGCUCAACUGUGGGAGGCGCCUGUGGGCUACUGACGGAAAAGGCAUCCGUGAAUCUUAUUUGUCAUCCUGGAACUGGGCGUCCGCUCUCGAAACACAAAACUACAGUGCCUACAAUGAUAGGCGAAAUCUGUAGGGUUGUUGGCGCAGAGAUGGAUCACCCUUUGGAUGAACUGGCUGGGAUACCUUUAUAGUUUUAACAUUAUUGCAAGUUCAACAGUAUUAUCACUGCAGUGGAGUUAUGCAAUAUUGUUACAGUACACUUUGAAAUAGUUCACGCUGGGUGCAACGCGGAGGUGAUUUUCUGAGGAAAUGUUCGUUUCAUUGAAGGAUAUUAUCUAUGAGAGAACAUUUGAACAAUUUUUAACAUAAUUUCUUCCGCUGGACGGCCAACUGGAUGUUUCUGUGUAAAUAUUUUCCGGAAACCUUAAAACGGACUAGAAAGAGUGGAAAGCAGCCCGGCAAGCUGCCAGUAUGCUAUGAAAUCGUGACUUUAUCCUUGAAGAAGAAGAUGGCUGCAGAACUGUACCCUGCAAGCAUAAACACCAACCUCCCGAACAGCAACGGCGCCGCAGUGUCCGCAGCCAGGAAGAAGAGCAUCAUUCAGGUCACCCAAACGGUGACGGUGCCGACCACGACCGCCACUCAGCAGAAUAUCAACAACAACAUCGAGACUACCAGUUGGCAGUCCACUCAUCCGACAUUGCGAGAAAGGAAUGCCUUGAUGUUCAAUAACGAACAUAUGGCAGAUGUUCAUUUCAUUGUGGGUUCCCCUGGUGAAUCACAAAAAGUUCCAGCGCAUAAGUAUGUAUUGGCGGUGGGUAGCUCUGUUUUCGGUGCCAUGUUUUAUGGCGAUCUGGCAGAAGGGGAGUCUGAGAUUCACAUCCCAGACGUGGAGCCUGCUGCUUUUUUAAUUAUGCUAAAUUUUUCAUACGGGUGCUCCAUCGAAAUUGUGGUGCACCAGUGUUUGUCAGGGCCGUCGUUACUCUUAGGAAAGAAGUCUAUCUUACAGGUUUUGGAGUUGGGUUACAAAAAAAAACACUGUUUUGCUGUGGUUCGGGUUUAUUUCAGGUACAUGUACAGCGAUGAGAUUGAACUGGAGGCUGACACGGUGCUGGCCACUCUGUAUGCCGCAAAGAAGUACAUUGUGCCUGCCUUGGCCAAGGCCUGCGUCACUUUCCUGGAGACCAGCCUGGAGGCCAAGAAUGCCUGUGUGCUGCUCUCACAGAGCCGCCUGUUUGAGGAGCCUGAGCUGACACAGCGCUGCUGGGAGGUGAUCGACGCACAGGCCGAGCUGGCCCUCUGCUCGGAGGGCUUCUGCGAGAUCGAUCUGCAGACCCUGGAGAUCAUCCUGCGCCGUGAGACGCUGAACACUCGCGAAGCCGUGGUUUUCCGAGCGGUGCUGGAGUGGGCGGUAGCCGAGUGCCGGCGCCAGGGCCUGGCCGCCACAUCGCGGAACAAGCGUGCGGUGCUUGGCAAGGCCCUAUACCUGGUGCGCCUCCCCACCAUGACUCUGGAGGAGUUCGCCGAUGGAGCGGCGCAGUCGGACGUGCUCACCUUGGAGGAGACGCAUGACAUCUUCCUGUGGUACACGGCAGCCAAUAAGCCCAAGCUGGAGUUCCCGCUGGCGCAGCGCGCAGGCCUCACACCACAGCGGUGCCACCGUUUCCAGUCAUCGGCCUACCGGAGUAACCAGUGGCGCUACCGGGGCCGGUGCGACAGCAUCCAAUUUGCUGUGGACAAGCGCAUCUUCAUCGCUGGCCUGGGCCUGUACGGCUCGAGUGGCGGCAAGGCCGAGUACAGUGUCAAGAUUGAACUGAAGCGGCAGGGCGCCACGCUGGCACAGAACCUCACCAAGUUUGUGUCAGACGGCUCCAGCAGCACGUUCUCAGUGUGGUUCGAGCACCCCGUCCAAGUGGAACAGGACACCUUUUAUACCGUCAGCGCUGUGCUGGAUGGCAACGAGCUGAGCUACUUUGGGCAGGAGGGGAUGACUGAGGUGCAGUGCGGAAAGGUUACCUUUCAGUACCAGUGCUCAUCGGACAGUACCAACGGGACAGGCGUGCAGGGGGGGCAGAUCCCAGAACUGGUCUUCUAUGCAUGAGCCUUAUGGUUUGUUUGUAACAUCUUGUGCAGAAGUGCAUUCUACCACUGGAUUAGUUGAAACGCUGGGGGAAAUUAAGAGGGUCCAAAAGCGUUCCUUUGCCUUCAGUAAUUUAGCAGCAGUGAAACAUUGUAAAUGGAAAAAUGCCUGUUAAUCCUUUGACAGAAUGUCAGAGUGACGGAAUGCGCUUUCUGUUUUAAUUUAUUGAGAUAAACCUAUGAUUUCAAUUUAAGCGCUGUGGGCUGUAGCCUCAUGUAGAUGAGACAGAUGAGUUGUAUUAUUGCACUUUUACUCGACCAAUCCCCUUUAUUGUGUCGUUAUUUUAUGGAACUUAAACCUGAAGCUAAUUUGUUUACAGCUUGAGGUUGGCUGACAAAUUACAUGUAUUGUAUUUAGUGUGCAGAUUUAUGCAACUGCAGAACAUAAACUUUUAUGACUCAAA